GCAGCCUAUCUCCAACUUCCGCAGCCCACUCCGAAAGCAAACACAUCAGACGAGGCAGCCGGGAGUCCGGAGCCCAACCAACCAAGAUGGCGGCGGCCGCGUCCCCUGACGUCCCCACCUGCGGCGACCUGCCCGCCGCCGUCUCCGCCUUCGCCGACGCCUUCGUCGAUUUCGCCGUCUCCGGCAUCUUCUUCCCCACCUCCAACCCCUCACCUCCUCCUCCGACGACGACGCCAACCACCUUCCUCCCCUCCCCCUCCCGCCUCGUCGCCAUCGGGGACCUCCACGGCGACCUCCCCAAGUCCCUCUCCGCGCUCCGCCUCGCCGGCCUCGUGCCCCCCUCCUCCGGGAGCGCAGGCUCCGCCUCGGCCUCGGCCUCCGCCUCCUGGGCCGCGGGGACCACCCUCGCCGUCCAGCUCGGCGACAUCCUCGACCGCGGCGGCGACGAGCUCCGCCUCCUCUACCUCCUCCGCCGCCUCGCCCUCUCUGCGGCCGAGCGCGGUGGCGCGCUCCUCCCCAUCCUCGGCAACCACGAGGUCAUGAACGUCUCCGGCGACUUCCGCUUUGCCACGCCGCAGGGGCUCCAGGAGUUCUCCGCCUGGGCUGGCUGGUAUCGCGCGGGGCUCGCCAUCAAGCGUCGCUGCGCGGACCUCGAGCAUCAGCCUAGGAACCCCUUCCUCGGCGUGCCCAGGGCGUUCCCUGGCGUCAAGCCGGAGUUUUGGGACGGGAUGCGGUCCCGCCUCGCCGCGCUCCGCCCGGACGGGCCCAUCGCGCGGCGGUUCCUGGCCGACCUUCCCACCGUGCUCGUCGUCGGUGACUCGGUCUUCGUCCACGGCGGCCUCCUCGAGGCCAACGUCGAGUACGGCCUCGAGCGGAUCAAUGCAGAGGUCAGCGAGUGGAUCCGGGGCGAGGGCGGCGACAAUGCCAGAGCGCCCGAGUUCGUACGCGGCCGGGACGCCGUGGUCUGGCUCAGGAGGUUCUCUGACGGCUUUGAUUGCGACUGCAAGAGGCUGGAGGGGGUCCUUGGGAUGAUCCCGGGGGCCAAAAGGAUGGUGAUGGGGCACACAAUACAGACAGAGGGGAUCACUGCGGUAUGCGGCGCGCAGGCAGUGAGGGUCGAUGUCGGGCUAUCGAGGGGGUGCGGGAAUGGGUUGCCGGAGGUGCUUGAGAUCAAUGGGGGUGGUGCAGAGGUCAAGGUGAUCACAACGCCUCCAGCAGAGGCCUGGCAGUACCGGAAGCAAGAGGCGGAGAAGGCUGCCACGGCGUUGAAGGAGAAGAAGGGGGAGGUAAAAGAUGGGCUUGCAUUGCUGGUGAGGGAGAGCCAUGUGUUGAAAGAGGUAGAAGCUAAGGCUUAGUUUAGGUGUUACUUGAUACUAGAGAUUGUUUUGGCAUCUCUGAAUUUGGAGUACAAUGGUGAAUUUGGGGAUAACUGAGGCUAGGAGUGGAAGGGAUUGAUUGUAGAAAUUGUUGGUGGAUUCAACAAUUGAUAUCCACGAAAGAAAGGGAAUUCUACUGUGAUUGUCAUUAUUUAUCUAGAUGUGCUAAUUGGUUACUGAUAUACAAUUAUUGGCCAAUGAGUGAAA